AUGUGUGAUCAGAAAGGCAUGAACUUUACUUAGAAAAAUCAGCCAUUAAAUUACAUAGAUUAGGAAUUCCUCAAACGAGUACCUUUAUUUAAACUUAGUGGAUUUUAUCAAAUAUCUGAAUCAAUUAACGAUAUAGAUUUACUAUCACGUGUUAAUCAUAAAAAGCUUUAAUUGGAUAUGCUUGUAUAUUAUCAGGGGGAUCCAUCAAAAUUGGAGAAUCAACCAGAAGCUAUUGUUAAUAACUAAAAGAAAGAAGAAGUUAAACACAUAAAAGGUGAGGACGAAUCUGAAGAUGAUUAUUAUGACUAUGAAGAUGAGGAAGAAGUUUUAAAAUAGCAAGAAACCUAAAAGGUAUAAGAAGUAAAGUUAUCAUUUCAAGAAUUGAAGAUUAAAGAAAUAGAAUUAGUAUCAAAGUUUGUGAUGAUAAAGAAAAUACCAGUGUUAGACAAUACUAUUAAGGAAUUGAGAUUAGUCUAUUAGCAUGAAAGGUUGUGCCAGUAUUAGUUUAAGUACCUAGAACUAUUGAUAAAUAUUUGCCAAAAUGUUUAAACAGUAUAAAUAACUUUUAAAGAAUUAAUUCAUCCAUAGUAGGUUAGCCAUAUUCUGGAAAUUGUUCUAAAGAUUGUAGAUCUUUAAAUUAUCGCAUUGCAAAUACUGUAUAUUAAUGACGAAAAAUAUAGCAUAAUUGAUAUUUAGAGUAUAAUCUAUGAUCUUCGAUAAUAACUUAAAUCUAAACAAAGAAAAAUUAAGCUUUUGUUUAAAUGCCAAGUAAAGGAGAGAUCUGCAGUUGAGUAUGAAGGAUCUGCAUUAAAAUUAGUUUAAGAAUUAUAAUAAGUUGAAGAUACUAUAGGAUUAGAUCUAUUUUAUUACAGAGCAUCUGUUUUCAAUGAUAACUUGAAGCAUCUUUUUGACAUUUAAAAACUGAAAGAAUUACAUAUUUUCCCACUCACAAACCCAAAUUCAUUUUUAGAUGAAUUGGAAUAAGUCCGCUCUAGUCACCUUUCAGCUUUGCAAUUGGGUAUAAUGAAUAUUAAAGAGAAAGAUUUUUAGAGAUUAUUUACAGUGGUACCGAAAUCAUUCCCUAACCUCAGUAAUUACUCAUUAUAAAUAUAGUAUAUUGAUUUUGCAAAGGAAAGCUAAAGAAAUCAAAGACUCACUUUAAAUACUAAACCAUAGAGCAGAUUGAUACUUCUAAAUAUGGAAGAAUUAGCUUACGCACCGAACUUCAAAACUUUAAAAGUUGUAGUAGAAAAUUAAUUUGUAUUUGAACAGUUCAUCAUGGACCGAAAACAAAUCGAGCAUAUGAACCUUGAGAAUAUUACACUGAAGGGCCCAUGCACUUUCAACAUUAUGAUUAAUGGCAUUUUCGCCAUUUAAAAUCUUAGAGAAAUUUAUCUAAUUGACUGUGAAUUCGCUAACUAAAAUCUAUUUAAUUAGUUUUGUGAUGCAUUAAAUCUCCUUCCAAAGCUAAAAUCUGUUUCUUUAGACAAUCUUUAACUUCUCGAAAAGAAUAAAACUCUUUGUCUUAUAAGUUUGUUUGACUUUUUAAAGGAGAAUAAAUAAGUUUAAAAGCUUUCAAUUCAAAGUAUGAAUCUUGGAGAGCAGGUCUAUGACUAUGAAAAUCUAAGCACACUACUCCUUUACAAUGAAUACUUAGAAGUACUUGAUUUGUCAAAGAAUAAGCUUAGCAAUGUUUUUAAAAUGUUUACUAAUCUAGUUAGGAAUAGAUGCUCAAAUAUACUAUCUAUAAACUUAUCUGAUAACCUUAUAGAAAUUGAAGAUUUUACCAGAUUAAUGGGAGUAUUAGACAAAGAAAGCAGUUUUGGUCACCUGCAUUUUAAACUUAGGCUCUUAAAUCUCCAUUAGAAUCCUAUGAAAGAUUUUGAUUUUAAGGUAUAAAAGCUCUUAAGUUCCUAUUAUUAGAGUAAACAUUAAAAAUUGAUGAUAUUAGCCAGUAAUUAUCAAAUUAUACCUCCAGGCUAUGAUAAUGAAAGAGUGUUAAGGGACAUAAUUAAUAACGCUGAUGUCUACUCUUGA